GCUUAUAUAUACGCAAAUUCUCUCUCUAGCUUCAGCUAAAUCCAGAGUCUAAACACUGAAACAACCUGCAGCCAAAAUUCUCCAUCAAUGGCGACCCAACUUCUCAUCUUCCUCACCCUCCUUUCUUUCCUUUCUGUGUCCUCUCCUCUUCCCGCCGACACCAUUCUGGAUGCCGCCAAUAACCUCUCGAUUUCCGGCUACAAUUCGAUGGCUCUCACUCUCGAAUUCGGCUCUCAAACCAUAAUCCCGCCAUCUUCAUCUCUCACUAUUUUCUCUCCCCCUGAUACUGCAUUCUCUAACGUAGGGCAACCCUCUCUCUCCCUCCUGCAAUUCCACUUUUCUCCACUGUAUUUCCCUCUCCAUUCCUUCAAAUUCUUGCCUCCUGGAACCAAGAUCCCCACUCUGUUCACCAGUCAUUCGCUCAUCAUCACUUCCUCACAGUCUGAUGGCAAUGUAGUUUCACUAAAUGGUGUCAAGAUUAAUGGGUCUGCAAUAUAUGAUGAUGGGUCUUUGGUAGUCUUUGGAAUUGAGAAUUUUCUUGAUCCCGAUUUUGAGGUUUCUGGUUCCAUCAAUGGGAGGCCCGUUCAGAGUUUUAGAUGUACUGUUAACGGUGACGAUUUCCGCAUGUUUGAGGAGGCAAGUGGGGCUUUGAGAUCAAGAGGGUACUCUGUCAUAGCCUCGUUUCUUGAUUUGCAAUUGACAGAGUUCAAGAACCAGACCUUUGUAACGAUCUUUGCUCCUCAAGAUGAGGUGAUGAAAAGUUUAAUCGGCACAUUCACCGAAUACAGAUCGAUCUUUCUUAGGCAUUUUGUACCUUGCAAGAUUCCAAGUAAUGAUCUGGCUAAUCUUGAUAAUGGGGUGUUGUUACCCACUUAUUUUAAUGAAUUCCUGAUAAAUGUCACAAGAUCUGGUGAUACUGUGCUGCUCAGUGGAGAUCAGGUCGUAGCUCCUGAUUUGUAUAAUAACAGUUGGCUUGUUGUUCAUGGCCUUCGUGGGAGUUUUGUAGUGCAAGAGAGACCUCAUGUAGCGCCAAACCCUUCAUCCGGGGUUAGAAGCAACUGUAAGAAUAUAGCAGCUGAUUUUAUUUUUAUGAUAUCAGUUACUCUUCUGUUCCUCUACAUCUUUAACCAGAACAUUUAGAGAUGCAUGCAUUAAUUCACUUCCAUUUUUCUUUCCUUUCUUCUAAAACAGACUUGGUGUUCUAGUUGUUUUGAUGCUGUAAAUGGACCCAUAUAAACAGAUGUUGGUCAAGAAAACUAUUAUAUGAUACUGUACUUGGACAAAAGCAUUA